CGAAAGUCUGCUAAUGUUGCAAUAUUUGUAAACAACACACUUCGUGUUGGAUCAAAUUACACAAUUAUCAAGUAUUAAAUGCUUUACAAACACAGUUUACCAUUUUACCAUCCCGCAAUCCGUUUUAACACACACUGUGUGUUGGAAAAUUACCGAUCGGCUGAGUUGAAAUGAUGUUUUACGGGGGAAAAUAUUGAUGCCCUGUGGAGAACGCGUGGUACCCAAUGUCAACGGAUGGCACUUUUUCGUUUGAACUAAAAAGUGCUCGUUUUCGAAGAAAUUUUAAGUGAUUGCAGACCGGAUUUUCUAUGCGAUCUUCCCAAGGAAAGCCGCGAAAUUUAUGUUUGUGGUAGUUUAGAGUCUUACAACGAUAAUUUAUAUGUUUAAAUCUCUCAAGGUGGGUCAAAUCUUUCUGCAUGAUUUUGAUUAAAAUUCAUUAAUUCUUGGUAUUACGAUAUGGUAUUAAGUUAUACUUUUUUAACAUAUAUAUUGCCAGUCGCGUUUUGUCGUGGGUUGAUUCCCCGACUUGUUCAUAUCUUGCGUUUCAUAUCUAAAUGAAACUCUUGUGGUGAAACGUGAUACAGCAAGCAUUCAUGUGUAACAACCAGAUCUCCUUUUGGCUUUACUAUGAAUUUGUGGUUAAUUUAUUAAUAGAGGUUUCACAUGCAGUUUUUCAGAAUGUCUGGGGUCUACCCUGGACCUGGUGCCUUUGUGGAGAAUUGCUAAAGGCUGCAUACUCUAGUGUAUUUUUUGAUUCCUUGAUUUUUAGGUUUUUAACCAAUAAUUUCAUAACAAUGGAAAACUCAGUGUUUUAUUCAGCAAGUCCAGUGGAGAGAACAAAACCCUCUUCAAGUCUUAUACACAGUUUAUUUGAGCUCUGUGUCUUGGUGGGAAUUGAUGAAGAUACCGGACUCAUACCUAUGAGCAGGUCACGAAAAGGGAGUUCUAUUAGCAAUGGUUCGUCUGAUGAAGACUGUAGAUUCAGCAAGGAAUAUGAGUCAUCCGUCUUAGCUAUACUCUCCGGACAAAUUGUUUCAUUUCCUCAAACAAGAGAUCCUAUAAAUGGUGAGCCGUACUACAUGGAAGAACAUGUUGCAUUAAACUCUCAAUGCACGCUAUCUCCAACGAAGAAAGGUGGAAAGUUCAGAUUUACUAAACCUGUUGAAAUACCUUUGGGCAAUGAUGUUAUAUUCAGCCUACCUCAGUUUUGUUUACCAGAGGGAGCAUACAUUUCUGAGCAAAAACCAGAUGAAAAAAUUCACACUCUAGUUCUUACUGACAUAGAAGGACACAGAAGUUAUUGCAGCUGCCUGACAUUUUACAAACCUUACCAUGUAACAGAGAACAUUGACAUUCCAGGUCAAUAUUUGCUCUCCCUCGAAGAGAGUGAGGAAAUGAAUGGAAAUUCACAGAUCUGUUAUGUCCCCGCAUGUUGCUGUCUGAUAUCCAAGUUCCCAUACUUCCAAGUAGCAAAGGACUGUUUGUCAAGUUUUUUACCGGUUCUUUAUAAAAAUGGAAUGGAAAUGAGGCGGUCUCUUAUGCAUUUAAUAUCACAAAUCUGUCAGGUGCCAAUUCCACCCCCUGGACCAAUCAGCAUUGAGUUUGAGCUGUGCAACACGACACAUCUUGUGAGGUCUGCAGGAGAACCAAAAAAACGGAUCAUAGACAUGGAAUAUCAUUUGCCAUUUCUUUGUUUUUCUGUCGACAAUAUUCUUCUACUUCUCAGCUGCAUCCUCACACAACAGAGGAUCAUCUUUCUUGCCUCGGACUAUUCGAUGCUAACACCAAUUACCGAGGCAUUGUUGAGUUAUAUUCAGCCGUUAUUAUGGAGUUUAACGUACGUGCCGGUUCUACCGAGCAAUCUGAUUGAUCUUCUGGAAGCCCCGGGCUCGUUCAUCAUGGGCUGUGACAGUCAACAUAGUUUGCUAGUGCAGAGUCUAAUGACUGCUCAGGACGAGGACUCGACCAUUGUAUGUGCAAAUAUCGACACUGGCAGGGUCAAUACAGGAAAAAAUUCAGUUGCUCUAAUUCCAGAACCUUACAGAGAUGAAUUCAAAGAAAAGAUAAGGGAGAUUAAAUUUCAUUACGAUCUUCACGAAUUAUCUGGUGUUUCAAUAUUUGACGCUACAGAGAUGAGAAAGAGACGACGUAAUUUUAACCGGGAGUGUGCAAAUAGUAUUUUACAAGUUUGCUUUGAGCUGAUGUUGAACCUUUUUAGGGGUUUUACACAUUUUAUCAAAGAAGGGUCUGACAAAGGACAACAGGUCCUCUUCGACCGCAUUGGUUUUGUUGAAUGCAAACCAGAAAUGGAACGAGAAUUCUUCAAACAGCUUUGCGCUAGCCAUGCUUUUAGCACUUAUCUUUGUGGAAGAUACGAAAAGGACGAAGUUGAUUUCUUCUCAAGUGCCAUAUCAGAAAACGUCACUGCGGUUGGUCAUCGUAGACGAAGCAGUGUUCCAAGUCUUGAUAUGCGAAAAUGCAGAUCUUCGGGUAGUCUGUCGAACUGCCGAAUGAGUUUCUUCAGUGACGUCGUGCUUCAGCUUCCGGAUUUCAUUGGAGAGGGACUCUAUACAGGUCGAUUCUAUCAAAACUGCAUUGAAGAUUUGAACGCGUUAGUACAGGCAUCAGAUUUGAAAGGUUCCAGUCAUAUUCAAGCGUGUUAUCUUUAUCUCCGGGGAAUGAUGUAUGUCGCGAAUGGGCAAAUCUACGAGGGUCUUGAUGAUUUCUUUUCGCUGUCUUCGAGAAGUGUCCAAAUAUUUCCAACACAAGCGAUAGUCGACUUGCUCAGUCAGUUCGACGUGGCCGCAAUGGAGAAGUUGAAAAAUCGAAGCUACUUUCGAAAAAUAGAUUUGCUUUUGCGAAAACACAAGAAAGUUCCGGGUUCUGUGAGGGUCAGAAAACAACUAAUCUUCCACGGCGUUCCGAGAUAUGCUGUUGAAAAAGAUGAGUUUAUCGAACGAGUGAUGUUAUGUCAGAUAACAGAGAGCACCAAGACGGCUGAACGCUUGUUCAAAGUCUUAACAGCGCACACUGGUGAAAAAUUAAUUGAUCCAGGAACGUUUUCAGACAUAUACGAAACAUUGAACCAGGCGGAUGUCGAAGCGCACAGCGUCGAAAUACAGAAUCUAGCCGUCGAAGAAAAGGAGUUUGUGAUAAAAGUGUCAUCGUUAUGUACGACGAACAACGGAGUUGGAAGAUUAUUACUUACCAAUGUUCGGUUAUUAUUUAUCGCAGACGGCAGUUCAAGUUGUAUGCAAUUAACGAGGUUACUCGAUAUAGCAAACAUUGAGAAAUAUCAGCAUUACAGUUUGUUUCCACCGGGGGUCCCUGCCUUGAGAAUUAUCUUGAAAGAAAAGAGUCAAAAGCCGAUGUUUGCUUGUCUGAAAGGAGAGCAAGAGAUCUGGUGCACAUAUCUCAAAGAAAUGUCGGUGUGUCACGAAAGAGCUGGAACUUUGAAAGACUCGCAGUUUGUUAGUUUAGGAUCGCAAAACGUUAUGCUUGCUGAUGCUUUGAUAAAAAGCGGGAUUCCUCGACGUACAGCUUUGGCGAUGUGUUACUUCACGAGAAUAAAUGAACCAGUCAAGAUUUCCGGAGACACGGAGAAGUUUCUUCUGCAACGACUCAAUCCAUCAGAGAAAGAGACGGCUUCAACAACAGUAGAAGCGCUGGUGUACGUUCCUAAACCGAAAAAAGAUUUUAACGCUCAUGAGCAGAUAUGGUGUGGAAUGGGUUCUGGGUCUAUAGUAAUCUUCAAGCGUGAUGAUACCACAGAAAAAUGGAGCUUUGAAACCCAAAUUUCCUGCGCAAAUGACAGAGUGAGCUGUCUAUUGGCGGUUGGAAGCUCUCACGUAUGGGCUGGAUCGUUUGACGCUACCAUUUAUGUCUUCGAUAGAUCCACUUAUAAAGCCAACCAGCAUUUGGAAGAACAUUCGGAUAUAAUCUCGGCCAUGGUUUUGCAGAAACAAGAUGAACAAAGUAUUAUCGUCUGGAGCUUAAGCUUAAAUGGCCAAAUUAUUGGCUGGGAUUCAGAAUCGCUAACCCCAACUAAAAGGAUCAAAUUGAGGCACACAUCAAGAAUGUUUGUAAAUUUUCUGUUGAUCGGAAAGUACUUCUGGUGUGCCAUCAAGACGGCCAUUUUGAUAUCCGACAGUGAAGGUGACGGUGAAAUUAAACAUAACUUGCAAAUCAUGGAGAACGAAGUCAAUUUAUCUGUCGAUUGUAUAAUUCCGGUGCAUCCAAAACAGGUUUGGUGUGGAUGUGAUAAGAAACCAAAGAUUGCGAUAUUCAACACAGAAACUCUGGACUAUACGUUGCUGCCGAUUAAUACAACGCAAAACAACAUUGCUCUUACAAAAAUGGCGCUGAUAGGAAACGAGGUUUGGAUCGGUGAUAGAAGCGGUCAAAUAAAUGCCUUGACAGUGGUUAGGGAGAAAACUGUUAAAAAAAGGAAGGAACUCAAAGUUAAAAAGACGCUUAAAAUCCACGAUGACUCGGUUCGUUCGAUGUGUGUGAUUAACGGUGGUUACGUUGCGACAGGGCCUGGGUCGAGAGAUGGCAAGAUAGCCAUUUGGCGCUACGAGGAGGAGACUGAUGAAGAGCUCGGAUUUGAGAUGUUUUCUAUGAAAGAAAUGAACGAUGCAAUUGUAACGGAGGAACAUCAGAAACCCGAUGUACAAAAGCUCUUAACGUAUCUGAAAUAAUAGGGAAAAGCCAGUGGAGGAGAAUACCGCUGAACGCAGAAAGGAUGGGCUCGAUAUGACAAAAGAGUUCAACCCUGCUGUUUCGCUGACAUGAGACUGUGUCUCUGGCUAGUAUACUCAGAUUUAAUAACAAUCUACCUUUAACAAUCUAUUUCCCCAGUAAAUCAUCUUACUAUCCAAAUCAGUAAUAUUCUGCUUGCUAAUUUAUUUUAGACGUUUUCUAAAAUAGAGUCUUAAAAUAGAGUCUCGCUUACUGUGCAUGAUUGAAAAGUAUGAACCUGUUUAGUAUUAACAAGAUUGCUUUAAAGAAUUGGGACAAGCGACCAAUAUGCACACACCUGUAUACUGUAAAGUGAUCCAUUUUUAUUUAUAUCUUAAAAGAAAUUGUAAUCUUUUACAUAAAAGAACUAUCCUAAAAGUUUUUAUCAAUGACAGUAUUUUAUAUUUGAAUU